GAUUCUGUUGGUGCCAGUGUGGCACUAAAGUUACUCCGUCCUAUAUUCCAAAGUAUUCACGUGUCAAAGCAUACACAUCGACGUGAGAGAACCAGAGUGUAGUGUAUACACCUGUUUAUAGUACAAGAACGUUAUAUUCUAGUACACGUACAGUGAUUAACAUAGUGUUUAAAUUAUUUAUUAAUUUAUUUCAAAUCUUAUUGAAAUACUUUUGGCAAACAAAAAACAACAAAGAUGGCACCAAAACAAAGAAUGCGUAUCGCUAACGAAAGGGCUACAAAAAAUAUUACACUUCGUGGAAAUGUUCCAAAGUCAUCAAAGCCACAAGAUGAAGGAUCUCCUGUUGGACCUUGUUUAUUAGCACUUUUUCUUUUUGUUGUAUGUGGUUCUGCUGUAUUCCAAAUAAUUCAAAGUAUUAGAAUGGGUUAAAAAAACUAAAAAUAUGAAGAUAAAAAGAUAUUGCUAUUACAGUUAAUAUUAAAAAAAAUUGUCUAUAUCUUAUUGGUAUACAAGUGAAAAUAGACUGUCUUCUUACAUAUUGUAAAAACAUGUAGACAUCAUAAUGAUAUUGACACAAAACUAAAUUUAAAUUUCCAUUAAACAAUUCCCUUUUUUUGCUAC